AUGCCAAACAUCCUUCACUUCAAUUCUUACAUCUCCUUCCACCUUGUUUUAUCUCCAUAUCCCUUUCUUUUUCGCCCCACCCUGUUCCACAUACAAACUUCCACGUCCGUCUUUGACUGCAUACCAUUUGACUCCACUUCUUCCUUCUUUUGCUCGAUUAUUUCAGAGGUCCGUUUUAAUUCCUUGCUCCUUGCACUUCUGCUACGAUCUAUCUAUCUAUCUAUCUAUCUAUCUAUCUAUCUAUCUCAAACUGUUUAUAUCUAUCUAUCUAUCUUUAUAUCUAUCUAUCUAUCUAUCUAUUCAUCUAUCUAUCAUAGUUUAUUCAUUAUCUAUCUAUCUAUCUAUCUAUCUAUCUAUCUAUCUAUUUCAGCCUGUUUAUACUUUCUAUCUAUCUAUCUAUCUAUCUAUCUAUCUAUCUAUCUAUCUGUUUGGGUCUGUUCAUAUCUAUCUAUCUAUCUAUCUAUCUAUGUUUAUUCAUUAUCUAUCUAUCUAUUUCAGCCUGUUUAUACUUUCUAUCUAUCUAUCUAUCUAUCUAUCUAUCUAUCUAUCUAUCUAUCUAUCUAUCUCAAACUGUUUAUAUCUAUCUAUCUAUCUAUCUAUCUAUCUAUCUAUCUAUCUAUCUAUCUAUGUUUAUUCAUUAUCUAUCUAUCUAUUUCAGCAUGUUUAUACUAUCUAUCUAUCUAUCUAUCUAUCUUAGUUUAUUCAUUAUCUAUCUAUCUAUCUAUCUAUCUAUCUAUCUAUCUAAAUAAAGAGCUACACAUUAGAAGUAAGAAGAAGUAG